UCGCCACACGGUCACACAAUUAUUAGUGUUUUGUGAAUUGCUCCACAAUCAAAUCCAGACUUAAAUUGCUAUAAAAGAUGAUGCAAAUGAGCGAGUACAAGGUGGUGCCGCAGAAUGCGCCGCAGGACGACACUGUGGUUUGCCAGCCGCAGGCGGUGAUUCCCGGAAAUAAUGCAAAUGGAGCUGAGAACUGGAUGUCGAUACCGGUGGGCAUGCCCAACUGCCCGCAGGGCCUCGAAUACUUGACCGCCCUGGACCAGCUGCUCGUUUCGCAGAAGAUCGAGAAACUGGAGCUGAUCACCGGCUUCGAGACAAAGAAUCGCUUCAAGGUUAAGAAUUCACUGGGCCAGAACGUCUACUUCGCGUACGAGGAGAGCGACUGCUGCACCCGGAACAUGCUCGGCAGGUCGCGUCCGUUCGAGAUGAAGAUCCUGGACAACUUCCAGAACGAGGUGCUCCAUCUGUACCGGCCAUUUAAGUGCGACAUCCUCUGCUGUAUCCCCAGCUGCAUGAACGCCGUGGAGGUGUCCGCUCCGCCGGGCCAGGUGAUCGGAAGCGUGGAGCAGGUUUGCACCUUCUUGCGCCCCAAGUUCAACAUCAAAAACAACUGCGGCGACACCGUCCUGCAAAUCGAGGGACCCCUCUGCCCCUGCAAGUGCUUCAGCGACACCAACUUCAAGGUAUUGAGCGCCAAUAAUGAGGAGGUCGGAAAAAUAAGCAAACAAUGGUCUGGAUUGGGCAGGGAGCUGUUCACCGAUGCGGAUUACUUCAGCGUCACCUUCCCCCUGAAUCUGGAUGUUCGCAUGAAGGCACUUAUAUUCGCAGCGCUCUUUUUGAUUGACGUGGUCUACUACGAGCAGUAAGCUGUCAAUGAAUCGAUUUAUAAAUGAACAAACACAGACGUUAUUAUCGCCGACUGCUUUUUGGUUCGACGUGUUUCAUCGUCAUAGCUUUAAGAAUAUUUUAACCCCUUAUUUAAUUAACGUUUCCGGGAAUCUGAACAGUGCAACGCUUUGAUCGAUUUGGAAUCUCCACAGCAACGGAAUCUCCCCGCACAAUUUUGAUCUAAACUGCAGUUGCACCUUCGAAUUUUUAAGAACCUGGGUUUUGGCAUUUAAAACGCACAACAAUGUAGCACAAACAUUGACAAAAAAACACACAACGGAAAACAGACUACACACGAAUAAACUGACGAGAACGAGUGCCUUA